AUGCUGUUCAUUGACUACAGCUCAGCCUUCAACACCAUAGUACCCUCCAAGCUCAUCAUUAAGCUUUGGGCCCUGGGUCAGAACCCCGCCCUGUGCAACUGGGUCCUGGACUUCCUGAUGGGCCGUCCCCAGGUUCUGAAGGUCCAUUGCAAGACUAAACCCUACAUGUGUAAGCAGGAGCUCCUUGUUUUCCCCAGGCCCAUCUGUAUGGUGUCCAACCUUAUCCGGAGCUGGCAGAAGUGGGUGUCCGAGAUCAAAGACAAGCUGGCCAAGGAGCCUAUCAGCUGGGCUCCUGACCCCCUAAGAGAGCUUUGGGUCGAACCACCAAAGACACCAAGCACCACUAAAUUAGGAACCUGGCAGAAGGAGUCCCGGAUCAAGACCAAGUAGGUGGGGAAGACUGUGACCAGCGGCGUUCAGGAGAGGAGUGUGGGAACUACAUUUCUGACCGAGCUCAUUUGUAUGGAGGCUCCACCGCCAGGGGAGGAGAUAGACAGGACUCUGAGUAAGAGGGGGUCGCUCGCACUCUACAGAAAGUGCUAAGUAUCGAAACUGACCCGCAGCUGGAAGCAGAAGAAGGAGCGGAGUGUAACGAGAAUUUGGAGAUGGGCACAUGUGGACACAGAGGAAAGUGGGUACUCUGAGGCAGAGAAAAGGACCCUUGAGGCAGAGGGCGGCCAAGAUAAACCUGGACAGACAGACAACUCUAAACCUGGACAGAUGGACAGCACUGAACCUGGACAGACAGAUAUCUCUAAACCUGGACAGAGAGACAGCACUGGGUCAUCCGGGAAGGCCUUGCAGAGGGAUAGUGACGGCAUCUCACCUAAAGGGGAAGUUGAGUCAUGGGUGAGGGUCAAAAGACCCUCCAGCUCAGUGAGCAAAAAGGAGUUGGAUGACGCCAACAAGAUCAACACUCUCUCAAAGAAGUACAGUGCCCUGGGCGAUCUGAAGAGCCGCUGGCAGAACUGGUCCUCGAUGAACACCGUCAACCAGAAGCUCAACCCCUUUAAUGAGGACUUUGAAUACUCCAUGUCCCUACGCCUCCACAAAGGCGAGGAGGGUUACGGACGUCCCAAGGAGGACACCAAAACAAACAGCCGAACGUGCCACGUUGAGAUAGCCGACAUGUGCUAUGUGAUCAGGACUAUGGACGACCCAGAUCCGGACAGGAAGACCCUCGUCACUUUCAGAGAACUGUUUGAUAGAUACGUACGCGUCUCUGACAAGGUGGUGGGGAUUCUUCUGAGAGUCAAGAGGCAUGGGAAGGUGGUGUUCGAGGGGGAGAUGCUGUGGCAAGGGCAGGAUGAUGGUGUUAUCAUCACCCUGUUGGUGUGA